AUGGAGAAGGACACGGCCGCACACCGGAGGCACCGGCUGGGCCCCGGGGCCCCUCCCUCAGGGGUUGCCCCCGGACACCCCAAGGCAGCCGGCGAGGUGGCUGAGAUCCAGAGGAGCAGGAGUGUGGGCGGCCUGCAUCAGAAGGGGGACCCUCCGAGCUGCCUCAAGAAGCUGUCCAAGGAGCCGGAGUCCGAGGACCAGGGAAAGGACCUACAAGGCGACAUCGAAGAAGCCAGCUGUCAGGCAGACCCGGAGGAAGACAAGCAGGAGAGUCAGGACGCCCUUGGAAAGUUGGACCCAGACGGUGGAAGGGCAGAACCAGAGGAACAGGGGCCAGAGUCCAUCAAGCUGGAUGACCCUCCAGGAAAAGAGAAACCAUCUGUGUUUGUGGAGAUUGAUCUGGGAGACCAUGCCGAGGAGGUGGUCACAGGUGCCAUGAGAGAAGAGAAGCGGUCCCAGAUGGACAUGGGGGAUUUGUCAGAAGACGAAACCAAGACCAGCUGGGUGUGCUGCAUCCCUUAUUCUACCAGAAGGAAGGUGAAGGAGAGUGUGACCCUGGGGGACGCCGGUCACCGGCUGCUGCCCUCAGAGAUCACCUUGCCCAAGCGCCGACCUGAAAAGCUGUUCCGGCUGGGGCGGCUGGCGUCUGGUCCCCUCCCGCUGCCUCCACGGACCUCGCGGGGGAAGAUGCGUCUCCUGCAGCCAGCCCCGGACCUUGCCAGCCGCGCCCUGAGCGCGCAGAGGCGCGUCUCCUGCAGUCAGCGCUGUCCCCGCAAGCCGCGCCCUGAGCGCGCAGAGGCGCUUGUCCAGUGCGCCUCCUGGUGGCAGGCCUGGUGCGGCGCAUCACCGCCUCCGUUCUUCAGCGGGGAGGUCACCACCACUGUCCAAGAGGAGGCGAUGGCGAGUCGCCUCAUCAGUAUCAGAGAAUUUUAA